UCAUCGUUGUGCUUAUUGGUACUUUUCUGUAUCAUGAUUGGAAUACAAAUUGUUAGCUGCAAAACAUUGCAUGAAGAUAGAAAUAUGAACGUUUGGAUAAAAGAUUGUAAUCUCCAUUUGAGCUACUUUAUCCCCGAUGAAACAUCUGACUGCCUUCCAGUAGGGUACAAAGUUAAAAUAUACGAAGGAGCUCGCUUAUUAGUUAGCACUCACACGAACACUCCCGAUUUCGUGUAUUCUGACAUUCAUUCCAAUUUCUGGUACCGUGUACAAGUUGAUCCAAUAUUUAUAUGUCAGAAUUCCUCAACCUUUUUUGGAGUGAGCAGUGAAAAAUCAGUAUCAGGAAUUCCAGAGAAAAUGGAAAAGAACAUAAAGGCAAACGAGUCUGAGAGUUUGACAUUGGUGUGUCCAAUCAACGGAGCUUAUGAGACUGCUGAUGUGGAAUGGCAACACAUGGUCGGACUGAGUGAUUUAGUUGUUAGAGAAUUUAAAUCAAAACAGUUGCAUCUUUCGAAUCUCACUUAUAAAGACUGGGGAAAAUAUUCAUGCACUGUCAAGUACAAAGAAUGUGGCAUGACAAAUGUGCAAAAAUUAACAACUUAUAUUUCUGUUCUUAUUUAUGGACCUCCGUUUAUUUCAAGUUUAGUGAGACAUUUUAAGGGAGAGAAAGAAGAAGAGACACCAUCUUUAGAUUCGAGUGACCUGUCUGCAUGGAUUGAUGGCUGUUCACUUAAUGUGCAAGUACCAAAAUUUAUUGGAAUUAUUGACUGUAAAGUAGUAAAGUUUCGAUUAAAAUUAUGCCGGAACACCGAUAUAUUUAUAACAGUUGACGUCACCGGUAGAAAAUAUUCUUACGUGGGUAUAGAUUCCACCUCUCUGUACCAGAUUGUAGUCACACCGACACUACUUUGUACGAAUAAAUCUCACGUACCUGGCGAAACGUUGGAGAAGAACCUGUCAGUAGUGCCAGGUGCCUACAUAAAACACAUCUCUAACGGUCAAUCAGAAAACCUAACUAUGGUCUGUCCGUUGAAUGGAGCAUAUAAACUUCGUGACGUGACAUGGCAUCAUAAAUUGGGGACUGUGAAUACUAUUGUGAGAAGUUUUUCAUCAUGGAAUAUUAAUCUUCAUCAUAUCACAUAUAAAGAUAUGGGUGAAUAUGUCUGCAAGGUAAAAUACACAUCUUGUGGACAGAAUUCUAAAACUACAAAGCGGUUGACAGGGAAGAUUUACUUAAGCAUCACUGGAUCUCCAAUGCUUACAAAUAUAAAGACGCACGAAGAUACUACCAGAAAAACCCUGGACUUUUUCCUGAAUGUUGUUAGUUUUCCGAAACCAGGCAGUCUUAUUCAGAUUUGGAAAGAAGACAGUUUUGUUCUCUUUGAAAGGAGUGUCAACUUCGAAUUCUUAAAUGUUCCCUUAUUUCUUGUUGAUAAAGUUGUUGAAGUACAGGGUUAUAGAUCAACUUUUACUGUCACAAAUAUAACUGACGAUUGGUACGGAAGAAACACCAUUGUUAUUUCAAACAAACUUGGAUCUCAUGCGCAUGCAUUCACACUUGCCAAAAAGGGCCAUAAGAGCAAUGAAGGAGGGGUAUCAUAUGGGCUGCGGAAAGGGCAAAAAUUACCAUAA